AUGAGGAGGACGUGGCCGGGGACAUCGAGGACAUCCCGCUGCUGGCAGGGGCGGCCCCGCGACAGCAGCGGCGACAGCAGCGCCCCGCCAGCGCGCAGCCCGGAUCUCUUCGAGCGCCUGCAGCACGCCGUGAGCUCCCUGGAGCGCGCCGCCUUCUGCCGCCGCCGGCAGCCCCCGGCGUGGCCGCCGCCCGCCCCGGCCUGGCACCGGGCGCUCCAGGUGAGCCUCGCCACGCCCGCGGUGCCCUCGGCGGCACGGCGGGCGGCGGCGGGACCGGGGCUACCGGCGGAGGUGGCGGCGGCGGCGGCGAGGAACGCGAGCCUGCGGACAGCCCUGGGCCAGCGGGACGAGGAGCUGGGCCAGGCCACGGCCGCCCUGCGGGCGCUGCGGGGCGAGCGGGAGCGCCUGCAGGGCAAGGUGCGAGACCUGCGGGAGGCUCUGGCCAGGCUGGAGGAGCCGGGAGGGUCUGGCAGUGACACCCCUGGCGUCGGUGACAUCCCCGGGACCGGUGACACCCCCGGGACAGGCGACGCCUCUGGGACUGGCGACGCCCCCAGAGUCGGUGACACUCCCGGGGUCGAUGACACCCCCGGGCCCAGCAGCCCCCCGGGGCACCGGCCCCACGCCCCGCUGUCCCCCCAGCCCUCGGCGGGGCCGGGCCGGGAGCAGGAGGAGCGGCUGCCGCAGCUGCAGGGGAUGCUGGCGCGGCUGCAGGAGGUGAACCGGGAGCUGCUGGCGGCGCUGGGCGAGUGCAAGGGCGAGGCGGAGCGGCUGAGCAUGGAGCUGGGGCGGCGGGAGGCGCGCUGCAGCGGGCUGCGGCUGGCACUGAGCUGCAGCGAGCGCUGUGGGGGCGCCUACGUCGCCCUCCUGGACCUGUUGCGGGCAAAGGUGGCACCGGAGGGUGGCACCCGUGGGGGGGUUAUGAGGGGGGACGCUGGUGUGAUGGGGAGAAUACUGGGAAGAUUCUGGGAAGUUAUCUGGGAGGAUACUGGGGGGAUACUGGGAAUACUGGGAGGAUACUGGGGAGCAAUCAGGGAGGAUGCCAAUGGGAUGUGUAAGGCCCACGUGUGGCAGUGGGGGAUGCACGAGGGAUACUGGGAGGUACUGGAAGGACUUCGGGGGGAUGCAGGGAGCUUGUGGGGCAUCCCAAUGCCCCCCACACCACCUUGCUGGCACCCCUGGGCAGCGGCACUGCCCGCAACGUGCCCAGGAACCGCGGCGGAACCGAGCCCGGGCCACGAACCGGGACCUGGCCCCGCCACACCAGAACAGAGCCUGGACUGCGCACCCGGACCUGGCCUCGCCACACCGGAGCCCUCGGGGCCAGCGGAGCCAGACAGCCGUGAGCACCCCGCGGACAGCCCCGGGGCUCACAGGCCCCAGGGGAUGGAGGAGGGAGCGCUGCGGGAGCUCAUCCGGCGGCUCCGCGCCGAGCAGGCGGCGGUGGAGGGGUCCCUGCUGGACGCCGCCGAGCCCUCGGAGCCUCCCCCGGAGCGCGACCCCCGGGGCCGGGCGGAGCGGGCGCUGCGGGAAGCGCGGGCGCUGCUGCCCGGCUGGAGGCGGCCGGAGAAGGAGGAGCUGCUGCAGGAGCUGGCAGUGCUCAAGGAGGCGCUGGCGGAGCUGCGGACGCGGCUGCAGCUGGCUCAGAAGGAGAAGCGAGCCCUGGAGCUGCUGCUGGCCGCGCACGGGCCCCGCGAGGCCGCGCUGCGCCUCCUGCUGCGGGAACGGGAGCGGCACCGGGAGCGGCACCGGGAAUGGGACCGGGAGCGGGACGGGCGGGACGGAGCCUCCGGCAGCAGCUCCGGCAGCAGCUCCGGCAGCAGCUCCGAGGAGGAGGCGCGGAUGGGGCGGGGGGCAACGAUGGCCCCGGGAAACCCCCCGGACCCCGAGAGAACGAGGGAGGAACUGCUCCGGAUCCGGGCCAGGACGGAGCAGCUGCGUGGCCGUGCCCGGGAGCUGGCGCUGGCCCUGGAGCGGGGCAGCACUGCCAGCCGUGCCCAGCAGGGACACAGUGCCACCGUCACCCUGGAGCUCCUCCAGGCGCACAGGUCAGCACGGGCCGGGGUCCCUUGGGUGUCCCUGGCUCGCUGGCCCUGGCGUACCGCGGGGCGCGGCGCAAGCAGGCGGAGCAGCUGCGGCGGCUGCAGGCGCGGGCGGCGGCGCUGCAGGGCCAGCACGGCCGCAGGGAGCGAGCCCUGGCCCGGACACUGCGGGAGCUGCAGCGAGGAGGUGGAGAAGUCAGCGCUCCCGGUGCCGGCCGAGCCCCGGGCGUGCCCGAACGGCCGCGGGGGCCCGGGAGGGGCCCCGGCCGCCGCCUCCGGCGCCGUACCGCGCUCUCCAUCCCCGCUCCCCUCGCUCCCGCCGGCCCCGCGGGCCGUUCCCGACCCGCGGGGCGCGGGGGGCGGGGAGCGGCCCCGCCGGUGCCGCGGAGCGCAGGAGCCACCGGGGGCGGGAGCGGCCCCGCAUGCGGCCGGUGCCCGCGGGGGGAUGCGCCGCGCCCCGGCCCCGCCGCCGCCGCCGCCGCCGCAAACUUUCCGCGGGGCCGUGAACCGGCAGGAGGAGGAGGAGGAGGAGGAGAGCGACAAAUCCCUGAGGGGGCGACCCCAAAAAAAUCCCUAA